GGCCAGCGACGACGGCCUCGACGAACCGGAAGCCUCGGUUGCAGACGGUGACCGAUACCAUCGUACCACAGCUGUCGCAGGACGAGGUCUCCAGCAUCUUCUCGCAGGAGCUGUUCGUGUUCCGCUGCGAUGUCACUGCCACACAUAUCCCCGCCGCCAUGAGCUCGUAUGCUCAGCUCUCCGAAAGAGAGGUGCUCACCGAAAACGAUAUCUCGAAUUUGGCGCGCCAGCUGCAUGCGCGCUUCCGUAUGGACCGCGAGAAGAAGGAUAUCCUGCCGCAUGUCAUCACGCUCAUCGAGGACUUCAAGAAGAAGGCGAUCCCUGGACACCCGCUGGCUAGUGUGCAUCUGCUCAGUUGUCUGAAGGAUAUGGAGGAGUUCACGCUCAGCAAUGAGUUCUGGGAAUGGUUGACGACCCAGGACGAGAACUUUUGCGAUGCGCGAACGUAUGGUGCCGCAAUAGAGUGCUUUUCCUACCAGGGAGUCAGCCUCAGCGAGCUCGAGGCGAUGUGGAGUGAGGCGCUGGAGAGGUUCUCGGGCACCACUGUAACCUCCGUCGCGAAGAAUACGGGCAGGGGAGUUCCGGUCAUGUUGCUGCAGGGCAUCAUCACCGCGCGGCUGUUCCAUGGCGACUGGAGGGCGGCAUACGAAGCGUUUGAUAUCUGCACACGGCUGUACCCAUCCCUGACGCCCGCGCGCAUCUACGAACUGUUCAUCUACGAGCGUCCGGUGCGCGAGGCGUACAUCGUCUUCCUGAUGGCCUGCCGUGCAGGAACCCCGCCGAAGCCAGGAGUGCUGACGCCGCUCCUUAAAGAAACCUGGAUGGAGACCCACGAUGUGCGGGCUAUGAUCCGCCUCGUGUACGCGUUUGUCGGUGCCGGCGGAACACCAAAUGCCAUCCACCUCAACUCGCUCAUCGGCGGGAUCCUCGGCUCGUUCCCACCGGAGCUCAAACCCACCGACGCAGAGUACGAGCCGUUGUACCAUGGCAUGCUCGGCCUGGUGCGCGCGCUCAUCACCGUGUUCAACCGCAUGGGCGUCCCGCUGUCCACCGGCUCGUUCAACACCAUCAUCUCUUUGGGCGGCAAGCUUCGGCGGCAGGAACUGAUCCACUCGGGGCUGAAAGAACUGAUUGAUGCGGGGCUUUCACCCACAAUGGUAACCUACCGCACGCUCCUCAACGCCGUCGGCGACAUGGCAGACGUCAUGCUCCUCGAGGAGUCCUGGUCGAUGCUCAAGACCGGGCGCGAGCAGCUGCGGGUCCCGUGGGACUUCAACGACUGGAAAGCGCUGAUCCGCGCGUGCGUCGCCACCGGCCGCGUCGACUUCUUCGAGGGCCAGCUAGCCGUGCACUCGCACGAGCUGUCCGAGAUCUUCGUGCGCAACAUCAUCGCCGUGCUCCAGCGCGCGAUCAUCACCUCUACCGCCACUCCCACACCGACCCCCGAAACCGCGCCCAGCACCACACCCCUCGACAAGCAAGCGCUCAUCGCCGAGGUAAAAACACUCACGGAGAUCUUCUCCUCUCGGCGGAUCGCAGACUUCACCCGCGCCAGCGGCAGCAGUAGCUCCGACGGCUCCAGCCUCUCGAACGACGACCUAUUCUCGCUGCUACCAAGCGACACGACGCCAUCAGGCGUCACGUUGACCGCGGCGCAAGAAGCGGAGCUGCACGAGAUCUACGUAUCGAUCGCGCCGCCGCCAUCAGUGCUCGACACGGAGACGGCGGGCACCAAGACGUCGACCGGCUACGACAUCGACAAGCUUCGCUUUGAGAACUGGAAGGCCGUUAACCGUCUGCUGUUCGAGGCGGAGUGGUGGGAGCGCGAGCAGGAGCGGCGGAAGGUCGAGGCUACGAGGGCGGCGUCCGGGGAUUCGAUCGUGCAAGAGAAGAAGGGGAAGAAGGAGGAGAAUGUCGGUUAUGAGUUCGUCUUUUGGAAUGAGGAGCGCGCGAAGAAGAGGAUCUUUAUGGAUAUGCAGACGGUCGUCGAGGGCAUGCGGAAGGGAGAACCGGACUGGAGGAGUAGGGAGAUGGAGGUGAGGGGCAGGUUGGGGGUCGGGAUUAGGGCGUAGUUGGGGAUUGUGUGUAUGCUAUCUAGAAGACAGUGACAGUGACAGAGGAAUUUCUCG